CCGGGCCUAAGUCAGCCCUCUGCGCCCCCCGGGAGCAGCUGCCCAAGCCAACAGCGCCAUGGGCUUCUCGUCGGAGCUGUGCAGCCCGCAGGGCCACGGGGCCGUGCAGCAGAUGCAGGAGGCCGAGCUGCGGCUGCUGGAGGGCAUGCGGAAGUGGAUGGCCCAGCGGGUCAAGAGUGACCGGGAGUACGCGGGGCUGCUGCACCACAUGUCCCCGCAGGACGGCGGUGGCCAGAGCCGGGCUGGCUCCGACAGCCCCAUCAGCCAGUCCUGGGCAGAGAUCACCAGCCAGACGGAGGGCCUGAGCCGGUUGCUGAGGCAGCACGCGGAAGAUCUGAACUCGGGGCCCCUGAGCAAGCUGAGCCUGCUUAUCGGGGUGCGCCAGCAGCUGCGCAAGACGUACAGCGAGCAGUGGCAGCAGCUGCAGCAGGAGCUCACCAAGACCCACAGCCAGGACAUUGAGAAGCUGAAGAGCCAGUACCGAGUCCUGGCGCGGGACAGCGCCCAGGCCCGGCGCAAAUACCAGGAGGCCAGCAAAGACAAGGACCGCGACAAGGCCAAGGACAAGUACGUGCGCAGCCUGUGGAAGCUCUUCGCGCACCACAACCGCUACGUGCUGGGCGUGCGGGCGGCGCAGCUGCACCACCAGCACCACCACCAGCUCCUGCUGCCCGGCCUGCUCCAGUCGCUGCAGGACCUGCACCAGGAGAUGGCGAGCAUCCUGAAGGAGAUCCUGCAGGAGUACCUGGAGAUUAGCAGCCUGGUGCAGGAAGAGGUGGUGGCCAUUCACCAGGAGAUGGCCGCAGCCGCUGCCCGCAUCCAGCCCGAGGCCGAGUACCAGGGCUUCCUGCAGCAGCACGGGUCCCCCCCGGAUGUCCCCCCCUGCGUCACCUUUGAUGAGUCGCUGCUGGAGGAGGGCGAAGCCCUGGAGCCGGGCGAGCUGCAGCUGAACGAGCUGACGGUGGAGAGCGUGCAGCACGCGCUAACGUCAGUGACCGAGGAGCUGGCUGUGGCCACCCACAGGGUGCUCGGCCGGCAGGAGGCGGUCACUCAGCUGCAGCGCGAGCUCCGGCACGAGGAGCAGGCCAUCCACCCGCGACAGCGGGUUUACCUGCUGAGCAAGAGGCAGGUGCUGCAGGAGGAGCUGCAGGCGCUGCAGGUGGCGCUGUGCGGCCAGGCCAAGCUGCAGGCCCAGCAGGAGCUGCUGCAGGCCAAGCUGGAGCGCCUGGGCCCCGGCGAGCCCCCGCCCGUGCCCCUGCUGCAGGAUGACCGCCACUCCACGUCGUCCUCGGAGCCGGAGCGGGAAGGCGGACGGACGCCCACCCUGGAGAUCCUGAAGAGCCACAUCUCAGGAAUCUUUCGCCCCAAGUUCUCGCUCCCCCCGCCACUGCAGCUGGUCCCUGAGGUGCAGAAGCCCCUGCACGAGCAGCUGUGGUACCACGGGGCCAUCCCGCGGGCGGAGGCGGCCGAGCUGCUGACGCAGUCCGGGGACUUCCUGGUGCGGGAGAGCCAGGGCCAGCAGGACUGCGUGCUGUCGGUGCUGUGGGAGGGCCAGACCCGGCACUUCAUCAUCCAGUCCGCCGACAACCUGUACCGACUGGAAGGCGAUGGCUUUCCCAGCAUUCCCUUGCUCAUCGACCACCUGCUGCGCUCCCAGCAGCCCCUCACCAAGAAGAGCGGUGUUGUGCUGAGCAGGGCUGUGCCCAAGGACAAGUGGGCGCUGAACCACGAGGACCUGGUGCUGGGCGAGCAGAUCGGGCGGGGGAACUUUGGCGAAGUGUUCAGCGGGCGCCUGCGAGUGGACAACACCCUGGUGGCCGUGAAAUCCUGUCGAGAGACGCUGCCGCCCGACCUCAAGGCCAAGUUUCUGCAGGAAGCCAGGAUCCUGAAGCAGUACAGCCACCCCAACAUCGUGCGUCUCAUUGGCGUCUGUACCCAGAAACAGCCCAUCUACAUCGUCAUGGAGCUGGUGCAGGGGGGCGACUUCUUGACCUUCCUCCGGACGGAGGGAGCCCGGCUGCGGAUGAAGACGCUGCUGCAGAUGGUGGGGGACGCAGCUGCGGGCAUGGAGUACCUGGAGAGCAAGGGCUGCAUCCACCGGGACCUGGCUGCUCGGAACUGCCUGGUCACGGAGAAGAACGUGCUGAAGAUCAGCGACUUCGGGAUGUCCCGGGAGGAAGAGGACGGCAUCUACGCCGCCUCGGGGGGCCUCAGGCAAGUCCCCGUGAAGUGGACAGCACCGGAGGCUCUUAACUACGGCCGCUACUCCUCCGAGAGCGAUGUAUGGAGUUUUGGCAUCUUGCUGUGGGAGGCCUUCAGCCUGGGGGCCUCUCCGUACCCCAACCUCAGCAAUCAGCAGACUCGCGAGUUCAUAGAAAAGGGGGGCCGCUUGCCCUGCCCCGAGCUGUGCCCCGACGCCGUGUUCAGACUCAUGGAGCAGUGCUGGGCCUACGAGCCGGGCCAGCGGCCCAGCUUCAGCACCAUCUACCAGGAGCUGCAGAGCAUCCGAAAGCGGCAUCGGUGAGGCCGGGCCCGCGGUGUUGUGCCUCCUUCCCAGCUGCAGCCCCCGGUCUGGGGGCUCUCCGGCGUUCUGGACUCCAGCCACCCCGCGCGGCGGGGAUGCGGCCCCCUGUCCGCUGCGCAUCCAUCCGCGCUCCCGCCCAGGGCCCCUCCCCUUCCAAGCAGAAAUAAUAAACCAUUUGUG